AUGGUUUCCACAAUUGGUCCGAUUGUUGUUACUCCAAGCAAUAAUGGUUACAAGGUUUGGGAAGAUCCUUCCUUUUUCAAGUGGAGAAAAAGGGAUGCUCAUGUUCCUUUGCGAUGUCAUGAAUCAGAGGAAGGAGCUCUUAGGUACUGGUAUCAGCGCAAUAAAGUGGAUAUUCGGGUUUCCGAAUCCGCAGUUUGGGAUGAUAGUGCAGUAUCUAAGUCAUUAGAUUGUGCAGCUCACUGGGUCAAGGGUUUGCCUUUCAUCAAAUCAUUGGCUGGUUACUGGAGAUUUGUUCUUGUUCAGAGUCCUGAAAAUGCUCCAGUGAAUUUUCAUGAUUCUGGAUUUGAAGACUCUGCAUGGAGCACUAUACCAGUUCCAUCAAAUUGGCAAUUGCAUGGCUUCGAUUGCCCAAUCUAUACAAACACAGUGUAUCCGUUUCCUCUUAGCCCACCUAAAGUACCUGAGAAUAAUCCCUGUGGAUGCUACCGGACUGACUUCUUGCUUCCUAGAGAAUGGGAAGGUCGGAGGAUAUUUCUUCAUUUUGAAGCUGUUGAUUCUGCAUUUUUUGCCUGGGUGAAUGGUGUCCUUGUUGGAUAUAGUCAGGAUAGUAGAUUACCUGCUGAGUUCGAGAUUACAGAUUUCUGUCAUCAAUGUGGAUCUGAUCAGAAAAAUUCUCUAGCUGUCCAAGUAUUAAGAUGGAGUGAUGGUUCGUAUCUUGAGGAUCAGGAUCAUUGGUGGCUAUCUGGCAUCCACCGGGAUGUCCUUCUCCUAGCUAAGUCAAAGGUUUUUAUCGUAGAUUACUUUUUCCAAUCAAGCUUGUUAGAGAACUUCUCUUCCGCUGAUAUUCAGGUGGAAGUACGAAUUGAUUGUUUAAAAGAAACAUCCAAGGAGGACUUUUUGUCGCGCUUCAAGAUUGAAGCAGCUUUAUUUGAUAGUGGGAGUUGGAACAACAGCGAUGACAAUUACCUUAUUGAUCUGCAUUCUAGUAGGGUAGCUCUUUCAGAACUCUGCUCAUCGUAUUCCAGAUAUCUAGGGUUCGAAGGGUAUCGGUUAAAGGGAAAGUUGCUUAUGCCGAAGCUUUGGUCCGCAGAGCAACCAAAUCUCUACACUCUAGUUGUUACUCUGAAAGAUGAAUCUGGAAAUAUAAUCGAUUGUGAGUCUUGUCAAGUUGGUAUACGGGUAAUUUCAAAAGCACCAAAACAGCUCCUUGUAAAUGGGCAUCCAGUGAUAAUAAGAGGUGUAAACAGGCAUGAACAUCAUCCCGCUCUGGGGAAGACUAAUCUGGAAUCCUGCAUGGUCAAGGACUUGGUUUUAAUGAAACAAAACAACAUAAAUGCUGUUCGAAACAGUCAUUAUCCCCAACAUCCGCGAUGGUAUGAGCUGUGUGAUCUGUUUGGGAUGUACAUGAUUGAUGAAGCAAAUAUUGAGACACAUGGUUUUCAUGACUCUGCAUAUAUAAAGCAUCCCACUCAGGAAGCAAGUUGGGCCUCUUGCAUGCUGGAUCGUGUUAUUGGCAUGGUUGAAAGGGACAAAAAUCACGCCUCAAUCAUAUCUUGGUCUCUUGGAAAUGAGUCUGGCUAUGGGUCUAAUCAUGCUGCACUUGCUGGUUGGGUACGGGGGAGAGAUGCGUCAAGGGUGUUGCAUUAUGAAGGCGGUGGUUCCAGGACCUCUUCAACAGACAUAGUCUGUCCUAUGUAUAUGCGUGUUUGGGAUAUAGUUAAGAUUGCUGAAGAUCCAACUGAAACACGGCCAUUGAUCUUGUGCGAGUAUUCCCAUGCUAUGGGAAACAGCAACGGUAGCCUCCAUGAGUAUUGGGAAGCAAUUGAUACAACAUUUGGUCUUCAAGGUGGCUUCAUCUGGGAUUGGGUUGAUCAGGGAUUGCUGAAGGAACAUGUUGAUGGUAGCAAGCAUUGGGCGUAUGGUGGUGAUUUUGGUGACAUGCCUAAUGAUUUGAACUUCUGUCUAAAUGGUCUUCUAUGGCCAGAUCGAAGCCUUCAUCCUGCUAUCCACGAGGUUAAAUUUGUGUACCAGCCAAUCAAGGUUUCCUUUGUCGAUGACAUAUUCAAGAUCACAAAUGUGUUCUUUUUUACUACCACUGAAGAGUUUGAAUUCCAAUGGAUACUCCAUGGCGAUGGCUUUGAAAUUGGUUCGGGAAUACUCACAGUGCCAAUAAUAGGACCUCAAAGGUCUUAUGAAAUAAGUUGGCAAUCUACUCCAUGGUACGAUCUGUACACUUCUUUAAAUGCCUUGGAAGUUUACGUAACAGUCACUGCAAAGCUUUUGUCUCCCACACGCUGGAGUGAUGCUGGUCUUGUCAUUUCGUGCACUCAAAUUCAGUUGCCGGCUAAACGAGAUGUUAUUCCUCAUAUAAUUCAAACCAAAGAAAUGCUCCUAAGUGAAGUGGUUAAUAAUACAAUCAGUAUUAGACAGCGUGACUCGUGGGAAAUCAAAGUCAAUGUUCAGACAGGAUUGAUUGAGAGUUGGAAGGUCGAAGGAGUUUCAGUUAUGGAAGAUGGUAUUAUCCCAUGCUUUUGGCGGGCACCAAUAGAUAAUGACAAAGGAGGUGCAGAUGAGAGCUACGUCUCGAAGUGGACAGCUGCCAAUCUUGAUAAGCUUAUCUUUCUCACUGAGAGCUGUACUAUUCAGAAAAUGACAGAUCACCUUAUCCAAAUAGCUGUUGUCUUUCAUGGAAUAGUGAAAUCUGAGAGUACCUCAUCAGAAACAGAAAAGUCUCAAGUCAUAUUCAAGGUUGAUUUGGUAUAUUCAAUAUAUGGGUCUGGUGAUGUCAUAUUGGAAUGCAAUGUCAAACCAAGUUCGCAUCUUCCACCUUUGCCGCGGGUUGGAGUGGAAUUUCACUUGGACAAAUCGAUGCAACAUAUAAGAUGGUAUGGACGCGGACCAUUUGAAUGUUAUCCUGAUAGGAAAGCUGCUGCCAACGUGGGUGUAUAUGAGAAGAUCGUGGAUGAUAUGCAUGUGCCUUAUAUUGUUCCUGGAGAAUGUUCUGGUAGGGCAGAUGUUAGAUGGGUUACAUUUCAUAAUAAGGAUGGUUAUGGAUUGUAUGCUUCCGUAUAUGGAGGAUCCCCACCAAUGCAGAUGAAUGCAAGUUACUAUAGCACUGCUGAACUUGAAAAGGCAACACACAAUGACGAGCUCCAGAAAGGAAACAAAAUCGAGGUUCAUCUUGAUCAUAAACAUAUGGGUUUGGGUGGAGAUGAUAGUUGGUCACCCAGUGUUCAUGAAGACUUCCUUGUUCCUGCUGUUCCAUAUGUUUUUUCGAUCAGACUACGCUCUGUAACUCCGUCGACAUCUGGAUAUGAAAUUUAUACAGGCCAGCUUUGA